AUGCCAUCGAUCAAGGAAUGCAAGGUACUUGUUAUUGGUGGCUCAUCCGGAAUUGGUUAUGGAGUCGCGGAGAAGUGCCUUUUGGAGGGUGCAAAGGUCCAUAUAGCAUCUUCAAAUGCGUCUCGGGUGGGCAAGAGUGCUGUCGCUUUGAAACAAAAAUUUCCCAGUGCGGAGAUUACUGCACAUAUCUGUGACCUUGGUGGUGAAGACGUCGAAAAAAGCCUGGAGCAUUUGUUUUACACCAUUGGCUCACUUGACCACAUCGUCUUCACGGCAGGCGACAAACUUGCCAUUCAACCGCUGGAAACCAUCAAUCUCCAUGCUAUCCGCCGGGCAGGCCAUGUUCGAUUCGCUGUCCCGCUCCUCUGGUUCGGAAAAGCCUUUUCCGAAUUGGUCGUUGGUUGGGGGGUAUCUGACUGGCCUUAUGGAAUCACGCGGAAUCUCGCCUUGGACCUUAAGCCACUCCGGGUCGACCUGGUUAGUCCAGGGGUGAUCGCUACGCCUCUCUGGGGAUCUGAAGGGAUGCCAGAGAGUGUGAAAGGUUCUACCACCCUGGGCAAGGUUGGGAUGGUCGAAGAAGUCGCCGAAGCGUACGUCUACCUGAUGAAGGAUACAAACGCCACGGGAGCCUGUAUUAGCACCAAUGCAGGAUCCCUUUUGCUGUAG